AAAUACUUCCUGGUUUCUUAUCAUAAAACAAAUAUGGCAGCUGAAUGUCUUAAUUGAUUUAAAAAAACCCCAGCUUCAAAACGGUAUUGGAUAAAGUGGUGGAAUUAAUUUUAUCGUGGAAAAUAUUCUCAAAAGAGCUAUGUUACGCAGCACGUGCUCUCAAUGUUUUCUGUUUAUACAGGGCUAUUGGUUGUCACGAAGAACCAUUAACAACAUCUUUGUUUAUGUUUUGAUUAUUGGGAAGAGGACUAUUUUUCUCUGGUCCAAAUAACCCAUGGCAACUGAGCAGCGUAGGAAUACGAUAGACAUUGUACAAGUUUAGUUUGAAAUUAAAGAGACUUGUAAGAAAGUAGCAUUAACGUGAGAAAAUUAAUCUUAAUAAAAGAUAGAUGAAAAGAAGUGGUAACGUUCUAGAUAUUAAUAAAUAAAGAAACAAUAAUUGAUGACUUAUUGUUAAAUAUUUAGAAGAAUGGAUACUUUAGUUUUGUCUAGUUUUAGUUCUUGCAUAACUUGUGGUAUAAAAAUUGCUGUAAUAGAUGUUGAUUCGGAGUAUUUGUGGUCAAAACAGACUGAGUUACAGAAAAAGAGUCGGAGAAAAUCUUUACUACGUGUAUCAUCACUGGCUAACCUGCUCUCACCAAAAGCAACAAGAAAAGAAACACUCAAGAGAUCACUCAGCUUCAAGGUUCCAAACCUUCCAAACACGCCACGUAACACUAUAUCACCAUAUAAAGCUCCGCCCCCGUCUCCGGGACGAUGUCGUCUGUCACGUACCUGGAGUGACAUGAUGAACGAAGAUGGAACGAUGCUGUCUAAACUCAGCCAUCAUGAUAUCAAGCAUCAAGAGGCUAUUUAUGAGCUAUACCAGGGGGAAUUGGACCUGAUUGAAGAUCUGAAUGUUGUGAAAAAUACAUAUCGGGACUCAUUGCAUAAACUACAGUUGAUGACAGAUGGAGAGUUAGAGCAGAUCUUUGGUCCUAUUGAUGAACUUAUGCCUAUACAUGAAGACCUGGUCAACAGAAUGAAAGGUCAAAGGUUACCAGAUGGGACAACACAAGAGAUAGGAUAUCAGCUGAGAGAAUGGAUUCCCAGUUUGAAGGUGUAUAUAUCAUUUUGUGCUAACCAAGUGUUUGGUAAGGUAUUGUUAGAUGAGAAGAAGAAUGAUCCAGCAGUUGAUGAUUUCUUACAGAGAUGUCAGGAAUCCCCUUUCAGCAGGAAGCUAGAUCUAUGGGGACUUCUAGAUGGUGCAAGAGGCAGAUUCAUGAAGUACCCUUUGUUGUUAAGAAGUAUUCACAAAUAUAGCACAGAUUGGUUAGAUUGUCAGCACCUAGCCGAGGCUGUGAGGUUGGCGGAGGAGGUGGUUGCCGAGGCUGACAAGAAGACUGGAGGUGCUAAAUGUAUCUACUAUAGAGCCAGGAUAUCAUACCUAUAUGAUGACCAGAAGCAUCCUGACAUAGAGAAAGCUACAACUUUGUUGUGUAAUGGAACAUUAAAGAACAAUAAAGGAACAAAGCUACAGUUGUUUUUGUUUGAUACAAUAUUGGUGGUUACACGGUUGGUAACACAUAAUGGUCAGCAAGGUUUCCAGGUGUACAGGGACCCUAUACCAGUAUCACAACUCGUUGUGGAAGACCUGAAAGAUGGGGAGGUCAAAAUGGGCUCAUUCCGGUCAGCGUUUGGUUCUUCACAGACUUCCCGGAAUUUACUGAGGGUGUCGUUUAAAGACUCUAACUUAGGUCAGUCACACACGUUAAUGUCCACUGACGAGCACGAUAAACGACAAUGGUUAACUCACCUGCAUCAAGCUGUCAAGGUCACACAAACUGACAGUAUGCACAAAAAUGACAAAGACAAACCCACCAACUGAACUCAAAAAAACUGAUAUUUGGCUGGUAACUUUGAAAAAAUCCUUGUACGAAAAAGGUAGAAAAAAGUAUGUAUUUUGUUUGUUCACUCACAAACACACGACACGAUGUCAUAUUCUUGUACACAAGUGCUAUGAUGGGAUUUUGUGAGGGGAUUUUGUCCGAGCUCGUAUGACAUUGGCUAGCUGAUACAGGAAUUUUCUACAUGACUGUGAAUACUCAUGAUGAGGAACAGGGUUGUUAAUAUCUGAUACAUGUUUUAAAAAAAGCAUGAAGAAUGAAUUUAAUUUGACAAGGGAUGAUAAAUGUAUAAAGGUGUAACCAUAGCAACAAAAGGGACCAAGAUGAAAUGAAUGUGUUUUAAGCAAAUCAGAUUAAAAACAUGUUGGUUUUCUCACCUUGAUUGACACAUGAAACAAGAAAUGAGACAACUUUUUUUAAAGCUAUGUACAGACAUAUAUAAUUGUUUAUGCGUGGCUGAUUUAAAGAAGAGACAUGCUAAAGUUUAGAUGAUAGAUUUGAAAUAAUUACUUUGCUAUGCUUUCAACAACAGAUUGACUUUUGUUAUGAAUGUAUAUUAGUAAUGGACACUGCAUAAACAGGUUCUAGACAUUUGGUAUUACAAACAGUUUUGGAAAUGAUGUUGUUAGAAGGAGAAGAUUUUUCUAUGAAUUGUGGAUUAAGUUCUUUUUUUGCUUUGUUGUUAGUUUGGAAAAGAAUGUUUAGAUCUUUAGCAUUUUUCUCCAUAGAUACAUCAUUUUUGUGUCAUGUUUGUUGCAUUUUACCUUAGAAAUUGUUAUACAUCAUAUCAGAAGUAAGGUCAAUUUAUCAUAUUGUUGUGUAAAUUAGUGUUAUAAAUUAUUGUCCUUUUUGUCUAAAGCUUUAAAUGGACCAUUUGCUUAUCCCUUUGAAUGUUUUGGGCUUUAAUUACAAAAACAAUUGAUUACCUUUACUGUAGGAUAGACUGAAAAUUAAAAAGUCACAAAGGUACAACAGGGUUGGGGGAGGGGGUCCAUUUAUAAAACCAAUAUUCAUUCAUGUUCCCAAUCCCAAAUACAUGUUCUUUACUUUAUCUCCCAUUUUAGAUGAAUAUUUCCAAUUCAAAGAAAUAAAACCCUAAAAAAAGAUAAAAUUAUCAACAUCCUAACUACACUGUACCACAACAAAUUGUGUUUUUCUGUUCCAAAUUUUAAACUGUGCUUAUAAUUGAAAUACAACAAAAUUUUAAAGAACAAAUUAUUUAAUUUUCUUGUUUUAUUUGACUUAGUAAAACAGUGCACACUUUCCCAAUUUUGUCUAAAAUGACCCUUAAAUUCCAAAUUUCAGAGUCAAGUCACAUUCCGAAAAUGGUGAGAGAGAAAAUUCUGUAAUCAAUAUAAGCUUUGAAAAUAAAUAAAUGAAUUUCUAAGGAUUUAGCAUGUGAUCAGAUAAAGGAAAAUGUUAAGAUCUGUAUUAGUCAAUGAAGUAUCAGCUAUACCCAGUCAUAGGGUAGAAAUUAAGUUUCUGAGGCAUGAUACUUUCAUCUCAUUGUCUACAUAUUACAUAAAGUUAAAGACCUGUUACUACAAAUUGAUCAUUUCCCCGACAUUUGAGUUUUGUACAUACAUUAUACAUGUAGAUUAGAAGAUGUACAUUUGUGAGGCCAGUAAUAUAUAACAUUUUUUUUAUUUCUUUGAUUUCUCUCUCAUUUCUUUCUACUUCCAUCUCAUCUUCUCUAUCUUUCCUUCUGUCUUGUACAUAUUUUUUACUUCUUUUCUACUUUUUUCUUAAUGACAUCAUUUGUCCUACAUAUGCAAUACAUUUUUUGUUACUUAAUGAUUUUUUUUGUUUGUUUUAAUGGCAGUGUCAGGGGGACAUAUUUACAGGCAUUUACAAAUUGUACAUAUCUCUAGUUUUGGAAGAUAUUUAAAUCUUUCAUGCUAACAUAGUCAAAAUUGGUGUCAGAUUGUUUUAUGUAGGUUUUUUUUGUUUUUUUUUAAAUGCAAUUAAAUUUCAUACCUUCAGCUAUUUUCUUCUUCUUAAAACUAAUAUCUUGUACACCGUAAUUCGAAAAAAAAAAAAUACAAAUUUUCUUGAAAAAAAAAAUCAAAACCAUAUUUUGAGAGAAUAAAACAAAGUUUUUUUUUAAAUGUGACUUAUCUAUCUUUAUGUAUUUAUUUGGCCUGUGGUAAACAAGAUUGUAAUAAUUGUAAUAAGAUAAUCCAGUAUGCCAGUUACUACUGGUUACUACAUGUAAUCCCCUUACCGCUGGGGGUUUCAAAUCCUGCCAGAGACUAUAGAUUAUUUUACAUGAGAAAUCUGUCGAGCUAGCUUAUUGUUUGGUGGCUGUUUUUAUCUGAUACACACACUAAUGCCUGAAAUAUUGCAUGUAAAGGUACAUGGUGUGUUCCUCCACCAGUAAACCUGGAAAGUUACCAUUAGCGUUGGUGUUGCUCAAAAUCCAACCCCAAAAAUCAAACAGUUAUUAUGCAUAAGCAUUUUUUUUUUAAGUUUUUUUUUUUUUUUUUUUUUGAAAAGAUGAAUCAUUUUGUAGCUGAUUUUAUUUAUUUGAUUUUAUUGUAAAAUGAUUACAGGUUUAGAUUGACAACAAGGUCAAAGAACUUGGCUUGUAGGUCACAGUAAUACGUAUGUAUAGCGAGAGAGAAAAAAUGAAGUGAAUAUGUGGUCAGUUGUCCAUGACAAGAGUCAUCUUGACAUUAACGGAAUACAUUUUUAAGCAUGAUGGUCUAUUAUAAUUAACCAUAAAGUAUAUUUUAAAGAAAA